UAUCUUUUCACCACUCUUUUCUAUACUAUUACUCCAUUUUUCUUCUCUCUUUCUCUGCCUCAGCCUCCGCCUGUGUCUCUGCAGUUUCGCUUAACUCUCCAAUGACACAAAUUAAUGUCUUCACAUCUCAAUUUUUUGUUAAAUCUUAACUUUUCUCUUGUUCUUUUUUGAUCUGGGUCUUCAAUAGUUCUCAUUCAGAUCAUAUUUUUUUCACCACUAAUCAUUCUUUUUGUUUCUAUACUUCAACUACUAGUGAAGCAAUUGAUAUAAACAAACCUAUCUGAUUAAUGGGUUUUUCUUUUUUUUAGAUUUUUGAUUGAUGUAAUCAGGUUCUGAGGGAGAGAAUUUGCGAUGGAGAUGCAAAAGCCGACUGUUUCUUAUGAGAUAUCUUUAUCAGUUUUUUGAGAUUCAUUAUACAGGGUGUUUACAUUAUGGGUAGAGGUAGAGGAAAAGGGAAGAAACAAGCUGUCGUAGCUGCUCAUGAAGAUACUGGCAGUGGUGAGGAAGAAAAGAUUCCAACAUACAGGAGGAGAGGAAGGCCACAAAAACCAUUGAAGGAUGAAAUCAAGGAAGAAGAAGCUGAGAAGAUAGAAGAAGAAGAAGAAGAUGGUGAAAAUACAAAAAGUUCGACCUCUAAUGAAGACCUGAAAAAUCAGGGUGCCAUGGAGAACGGAAGUAAGAGGAAGCGGUCUUCGCAUGUGAAGGAAAAUCCAGAUUCUGUCAAAGAGGAAAAUGGUGUAGGAACCAAAACUGGUGCUAAUGAUUCGGCUAGGUCAGUUGGGUUCAGACAAAAUGGUAGCAGGCGGAAAAACAAGCCUCGGCGGGCUGCAGAAGUUGGAGUGGGGUGCAAAUGAGGUUCAGGUUAUCCAUCACAAUGAGUCCUACCUUCUUUUUCUGUUGGUGGAUAAAUCACAAAUAUGAAAGAGCAGUGUUAUCAGUUAAUAUAUGGUUUCUUAUAUUUGUUUUGAAAUAUGUUUUGUUUCUGAUAAUGCCCAAAAAAAUUUCUUUCAAAUGGGUGGUUUUGUUGGGAGUUUUGAAAUGGAAUACACUACUUGACUAUUUCCAAAAGCUACCAUCUUGAGAUAUCUAAGCUAAUUUCUUUUCUACGCA